CCUGCUGAGCCAAUGGAACCAUUACAGAUUUUGUUUCCUAGGCUUGAUAUGCAGUUUAGAUGUCGGCUACGUCAUGCUGGUGGUAGACUGCUAGACAGAUGGGAGGAACAAGGCUCCGCGCAAAAUCUGAUGGUUAGCACCUAUCUUUAGAGUCGCACUAUAAGACCAAGAGGUUUUACUUAAUCUCGAGAACACGGCUUUGGAAAUGACCAAUUUGUCAAUAAUAGCCGGACAACCCUUCUGUGCAUCAUGCCCCGAGCAUCAACGACUCAACAGAUUCCACAGCACGAUUGGGAAAACCGCAAGAGCCGAAUUAUCGAGUUAUACGUGGAUCAAGAGCUAAAGCUUCGCGGCAAUGGCGGGGUCAUUGAGUUAAUGAAGAACGAAGGCUUCACCGCAACGAAAUCCCAAUACGAAACGCAACUGAAGAAAUGGAGCAUACGCAAGUAUUUCUCCUCGAAAGAACUGGAUGGAAUGGCUUCAGGGAUCCACGGGAGUCAAGAGGGUGCGCAGACACUUCCGCUACGCCUCUCAGGCAAAGUGAUGACGCCUUCCAAGAUUGAAAGAUCUCGUCGCUAUGCGCGUAGCAAGUAUAAAAAACCAAGAUUAGAUGCCGGCAACGAUGAGACGGCAGCUAUGAAUAACGCGACAACUCCUAUUUUGAACGGACCCGAGCACUCGACCUCCCAAGGCUUUCUAUCCGAAGCGUCCCAUGGGCUGACGAGCGGAAACAUGGGGAGAUCAUCCUCGGACGAAAUUCUUAAUUUCGAUUACGAUGCUGAUGCUCCACUACCCGAUGCUUUUGACGAUAUUCUGGAUAUGUCAACUCCUCAGCACCUAAACUCGUUUACCAUGGAUAUUACCCAUAUAAACGUGUCUGUUAGCUCCGAGACUUCAGGACAGGUCGGCAGUAGCUUCGGAUCCCCGAAAAGUAUGUCUCCUGUGGGCGAAUUAAAUCCUGUCGACUUUUCAUUUGGGGAUAUCAUAGAGUGUAUUAGCACGAACCAUGUUCGGCCAAUAGCAUGGAACUCCCAUGGCUCAACAGCGCUGUCACCUCCAUGCAUCUCUUCACCAGCCUUUCUGGUACCAGACGUGGCAAACACUAAACGGUACCCGAGGGAGCAAUGGAUAGGACAACUCCCAUCUGUUGAAGUUAGAAUUAGGUUCCUAAAAGAUGUUUUCAGCACCGCGUCCUCCCCGUCUCCGUAUAACACCAUGUCGAGUACUGCCCCCUAUCUCCUAGUUGCAGAAUUCUUAACCGACAUCACCCCGUCAGACCCGAAAACCAGCACGUUGCCGCAGCAGCAAGCCCUUAGAAAUCUUCUAUCAGAAGAAACACUUGUUGAAGAGGAGCAGAGCCAACUUGCCAUCCAAUCAAAAAACAAUGCAUUUGAGACUCGCUUCUACAGCAGGCUUCUAAUAUCUAUCAUGAAUGGAUUCGUAGGCCUCAAAAAUAUACCUAUGUCUGGUGUCCUGAGGUUUCUUAAUAGUCACCGCGGUGUACAGUCGUUUUUGAUACGAUUUCUGCGCUCCGGUUCGAGCUGCGCCGCUAAAUCACUCGCCGAGAAUACCUUUGUAAUGGCUCUAGAGGCUGACAAUGUCGAGGUCGUCAGACUACUACUGGAUUGUGGCCUAGUUGAUGUGAAUGAAGCUGUAUGCAUCGACAAUGGGAAAAGGUAUACGCCACUUGAAAAAGCCGCACGGUCACAAUCAUUCAAGAUUUGCAAGCUUCUCGUUAAUCGCAACUACGAUAUACAUAAGUCAUUCUCAUCGGGCUCACCAUUUAGUAAUCCGAGGGAGUUGAGUGCACCUGCGGAGCGCUUGAUUGAUAUGUCAUAUGAGUUGGAAACAUUGUUCUUGCCAGAUUCGCCGUCUAAUUAUGCGCUAUGUUAUCUUGUUCGGGGCUAUCGCAAUUAUCGAUCUACACUCGAUCAAAGCUUUUUAGAUCUAAUCAAUGCCUUCGUCAGAGCAGGUGCUACCAUACAAGCGGACCUUAUUGUGUACGCACUCGAAAUGUUUGUCGAUCCACGUCUGGCGGCGGCUCUCAUUCCCGUAUUCACCCUUCAGGUGUCUUUGGAACGCUUUCUGGAUUCAGACAUCCUAAAAAAGGCGGUAGUAAACUUAGAUCAGGAUACUUGGCACGCAAUUGGGCCAUUCAUAACACGUUGUCGAGAACUUUAUGACUCUCAAUGCCCAGAUCACUUUCGCGGGAUGUUCAUCGAUGCUUUGAAGAGCGCUGCACAACGCAACAAUGCAAGAAUGAUCAAACAACUACUUCCAUUCGUUUCCUCCCUCGAUGACGUACUUCAUACAGUUGCCAUGGAUGGAAAUCACGAAAUGGUCGACUUGAUCAUCGAAGAGAAAUCUAUUGUAGAAGUUCAGGCGGAAGAGGCUAGACUGAUCGCCGCUGUUGCAUCUGGAAAGCAAGAGCUCGUCCACUCUUUGGAAGAGAGACGAGUUCUUGACCGCCUUAAUAACAGCAAGCGAAUUGACUUGGCAGCUACAGCCCUCGAGGCGAGAAACCCUGAGUAUGCAGGCAAGGUAUUGGACAUGGAUACCAACGCUGACUCGGAUCAAUUGAACCCUCUCCUUAUGACCGCCAUCACUCACGACUUGGAUGAUAUCGCCUGGAAACUUUUGGUGGUUGGCGCCAAGUUUGAGUUCAAGCUUUAUUGUACUAUUUGGAAACCAUUCCCGCUAUACCUUGCUAUGAAAAAGAGGAAACUACGCCUCGUACAAUACAUGAUAGAAAGCGGGAUCCACCCCAGUACACUUACAGAGCGGGUCGAAGCGGGGAAGGAUAAAAACAAUAAUCCUCAGUAUUCAUCAGUUCUAGCUGCUGCUAUUGAAUGGGGCAACGAGUCGAUUUUGCAGGAUAUUCUAGGGACAUGUUCUCAUCAUCUAUCCAUUAACUACCGCGACCCAACUCUAAAGCUUGCCCUCGAGAAAGGACGCCAAGAUCUAUUCUGGAGAAUUCUGAAGUUGGGUCAUGGAAACAAGGAAACCUUAAGCCGGGCCCUAUGUCUUGCAGUAGAGCGUGAAGAUGUCUCGUUGCUUCGCGACUUGUUUGCUUUUGGUGUAGACCCAGCCGAUACGUACGCACUCGAAAAGGCAGCGGAAGGGCAUCCCUCCAUGAUCGAACCACUUGUGAAGAGAUUUCGCGAAGUCUACCCACAAGGACAACCACUUUACAUCUCUAGGGCAAUGUUGACUGCAUUGGGGCCACUCUUAGCAGCUCUGAAAAGCCUAGACAAUCUUCUAGCCUUUAAAGUAGCCAGUUUUGACUUCGAUUCAUCUAGGUUCUAUAGGAAAUCUGCAUUUGGAGAGGCAAUUAACCCCGACGACGAAGCGUUAAGAGGUAAUCGCAUUCAAAUAGUUAAGAGGCUACUUGAUGCUGGUGCCGAUGCGAAUGGCAUUGUAUCAAUGGAACUCUCCAGGAUAUUUAAUUACAAGCAAAGUGCUAUUCUAGACGCCAUCGAAACAAAGAACGUAGAGGUUGUCCAGCUUCUCCUUCGGUAUGGAGCUAGAGUCAACGAACCAGCCCGCCAAGGGCUAAUACGGACCCCACUCCAAAAGGCUGCGGAGAUGGGCAGUCUCGAAAUCGUUCAUCUAUUACUUGGACAAAAGGCUGAAGUUAAUGCGGCACCUGCGCUUAAUAAUGGCGCUACUGCACUACAACUGGCAGCUAUCUCAGGUAACUGUACCAUCGCGGCUUUACUCAUUGAGCGUGGGGCUAACUUCGAUAUCCCACCUUCGCGAGAUAAAUAUGGGCGCUGGCCCUUAGAAGGUGCCGCUGAGAAUGGCCGUCUCGAUAUGAUACAACUCCUAUGGAACGCCAAUCGUGGUAGUUUUGACGACAAGCAAUGCCAGAAAGCCAUGCGCCUUGCGGAAGAUUGGGGGCAUUUUGGCUGCCGGGAUAAAAUACUUGAGUUGAUGGCUACUCGAAUGGCUGCCCAACCUACCAUUGAUCAAUUCCCUGGGGGCACAGAAGACAUCGAUCUAAAUACCUUCCUCGAUAUUCCGUGGGAAGGACAAGAUGUGGAGAUGACAUGAAAUUAUUGGGGCGAGCCGAUGACAGCGGUAUAAACACCAGCCCCGCACCUACGAGAUCAAUAGAUAGUUUCGCGAUGCACAGGUGGUUAUUUGGGUCUGUAUUUUUCUUAUCUGUUAUUGACGUUCAUGAGGUUUCUUAGCAUUUCAUACCAUAACACCAGAAACAG